ACACGCGACGGAGCCCCGGAGCUGAAUGUGGUAGCAGGUCGAGCCCGAGCGAGACCUCCAAGCCGGGGUACGAACCUCUGAGCCCAAAGACUAUCCAGGUGUCUCAACCCAGCUCGCACCUGAGCGGAGGAACGGCUCCAGGAUGCCCGCCGCCCUGGUACCCUUCCCAGACGGAGGAGCCCAUUCUCCUCGCCCCAGCGGGGGUCUGGCCAGGACCCUCACUGCAGCCUGAGCCUCUUUGCUAGACAUGGACGUUCCCAAGGCGCCCUCUGGUGGAUUCGGAGCUGACCGCCCGUGAAUUCCAAGUGAUGUCCAGGGUCCCUGUCUCGCGCCCCAGACCCUUCCCUGGGAACAGGACUCUGUACGAACAUUACAGCUACGUGGGCAAGCUGGCCGGCCGGCUGAAGGACGCCCCCGAGGGCAACACUGUCACCACGGUGCUGUUCUUGGUCAUCUGCAGCUUCAUCGUCCUGGAGAACCUGAUGGUUCUGAUCGCCAUCUGGAAAAACAACAAAUUUCACAACCGCAUGUACUUUUUCAUCGGCAACCUGGCCCUGUGCGACCUGCUGGCUGGCAUCACCUACACCGUCAACAUUCUGAUGUCAGGCAAGAAGACGCUGAGCCUGUCUCUGACGGUCUGGUUCCUGCGGGAAGGCAGCAUGUUCGUGGCCCUCGGGGCCUCCACCUGCAGCUUGCUGGCCAUCGCCAUUGAGCGGCACUUGACCAUGAUCAAGAUGAGGCCCUACGACGCCAACAAGAAGCACCGAGUCUUCGUUCUGAUCGGGAUGUGCUGGCUCAUCGCUGUGUCGCUGGGCACCUUGCCCAUCCUGGGCUGGAACUGCUUGCAGAACCUCCCCGACUGCUCCACCAUCCUGCCCCUCUACUCCAAGAAGUACAUCGUGUUCUGCGUCAGCAUCUUCACCGCCAUCCUGGUGACCAUCGUGAUCCUGUACGCUCGCAUCUACUGCCUGGUGCAGUCCAGCAGCCGCAGGGUGGCCAGCCCCAGCAACCCCGAGCGCUCCAUGGCCCUGCUGCGCACCGUGGUCAUCGUGGUGAGCGUGUUCAUCGCCUGCUGGUCCCCGCUCUUCAUCCUCUUCCUCAUCGACGUGGCCUGCAAAGUGAAGGAGUGUGCCGUCCUGUUCAAGGACAAGUGGUUCAUCGUGCUGGCGGUGCUCAACUCCGCCAUGAACCCCAUCAUCUACACGCUGGCCAGCAAGGAGAUGCGGCGCGCCUUCUUCCGGCUGGUCUGCAACUGCCUGGUCCGGGCCCAGGGUGCCCGCUCCUUGCCGGUCCAGCUCACUCUCGAUCCGAGCAAAAGCAAAUCCAGCGGCAGCAACAACAGCAGCCCCUCCCCGAAGAGCAAGGAGGACACCCCCCAAACGGUCACCUCGCCUUGCUUGAGUGACAGAAACAGAACCCUGCAGAACGGGAGCCUGUGCAAGUGAGGGCGUGGCCUCGGGCUGCGUCGUGUCCGCAGCAGGAGCGGCGGCCCCGGCGGCAUGUGCUUAUCUGUCGCGGGGCCCAGCAGGGCUUUGCCAGAGCAGGGACUCAGGAGAUCUAUUUUGCCUACAGCCUGCCUGGUGUGGCCUCUCUCUAGGCUGGGACUGGGGCUCACCCACCCAUCUCAGUGUAGAAGCAUUCCUUGUCCGCUUCAGACUCCCAAGUCCGAAUGUGCCAAGCUGCCGGGGGCACUGCCGCCCUCCCGAGUCCCUCCAGCGUCCGUGUGCUGCGGCGCCCCGGGGUUUCGUCCCGUCUGCUGUGGGCGUGGGCAGAACUGCUGUCCUCGCUGCUGGUCACAGGUAACACGAGCAAAGCUCUGACCGCACCGCAGCUGUCAGGACCUGCCUGGGAACGAGGUGGACGCCACUCCCAGCUCACACAGACGUGAAGUCUGGAGUUGAGCAGGGUUUUAAUGCCAAAAUUCUCAGAAAGGCCUCGUCCCAGGCCGGCGCCAGAGCUGUGGGUCUGACCUCGCACCGUCCUGACGCGUGCCCAGGAGCAGGCCGGUGCUGGAAGGAUCCCGGCAAGAACAGCCGAGUUCCGUGGGUGCAGGUCCCUGAGGACCUGUCCCGUGUCCAUGCAGUUUUAAGGACCUCCGAAAGCCAAAUUAUGUGAUUAUUCACAGGUUUCCCCAAAUCACAGAAACGUCGAUGAAGGUUUUCCAGGAGCCGGAGCCCCUGACCAGCUAAGGAAUGAACCCACUUGGGAGAAGGAAAGCUGUUUAGUGGAAUAUUUCUACUCAACGAGGACAGGUUCACAAAGCAGCACUGCGAUCCCAUGUUAAGGUCAAUUCUGUGUCAGGAAAGCACCGUCUGUAACCCUGUGUUGCCCCAUCCGAGGGGCAGGGGCCGGCAGCUGGGUCGUGGCGCCCGGAGAGCCGCACCCUUGGCAGGAGCGGAAUGUGAGCGGUGGCUUCCUUCGGAGAACUGAGCUGUUGUACUUCUUUAGCAAAGCUCGACGCUGUGCCCUGUCCACCUUGGAAAGGGAUUCCCCGAGGCUGUUCCCCAAGGACUCUACACAAACACAGACCGAUGAAAGGAAACACAUCCGUAAGCACACACACGGUUGAUGUAAAAACAAAACCCACAAACCUUCAAAAGGAGUCUUACUUGGGGGAAGCCUCCCAGGAGAACCCCUGAAGUUUUCAGGACCCGUGAGAGUGUUACCCAAGUAAAGACGAGAGAGUAGUCCUAACACUACAUUUUAUGGAGCGAGAUAGACCCCGUUCUGUCUGAUGCAAGUUCCUCUCAGGACGGGACGUUACCAAGCAUCCUGGGCAGCUCCAUGUAUUGGCCGAGACUCUGCUCACUCUCAUUGCUGAUGACAUAAAUCCUGUUUGUAAGGAGACGUUCUUCAGAGGUUGGUUACCUACUUUCCAUCCCCGAAAAGGAGCUUAUUCUUUUACCGCGUAACAGGAGAAACCCAGGGCAUUCCUAGAAAGCUAAGCACUGAGGGACUGGGUUAGGAAAAUAGGCAUCAGAGAGUCAAAAUGUCACAUAUGACAUUCCCCUCUGGGCACAUGUCUUUAGGACUCUCCAUCAUAGUUCUGAGUUGCCUUGGGGGCCCAGACCUCAGGAGCUACUAUUAAUAACACUCUGCACCGUAGCCACAACUUCCCUUGAAAUAACACAACAUGUUCAAGCAAUUUGAAUGAAAAGUACUCAAAAAAGGAAUAUGUUCAUUUGCUGUGUGCCCAGCGUAAUCAGCUCUAACUCAGUGUGCGCUCCUAACCAGCUGGCGGGAGGCUGCUCAGAGGCUGGCUGUUUCAGAACCACAGAGAACCUGCCCACUGGGUCUCAUUCAGUUAGUGACCUUUAUUAUGUCCUAUGUAUGUUUGUU